GUUUGUGUGUUUUGUGUUUCAUCAUCAUUGUUGAAUAUUGUUGUUUUUUGCUGCGAACAAAAUUGAAUUUUCAAGAAGCAAAAAAAAAACGAUGAAAAAAUCGCCAACCGAUACUUGCUUGGAUAUCGAAUUAUUUCAUGAUGAUUUAAAAGAUAUUGAUCAGGAAUUUAUUCCAAACAUUGUUUCAAUUUUUAAAAUAUCUGCAUAUUUUAAUAAAAUGGGUUUUCUAUUUAUUGCCAAUAAUAAUGCUACUUAUGCUUAUGGUCGUGAUAUAUGCAAAUGUUUAUCGUUAGAACAUGAUCCCAAACGACCACAACAGAUUGAUAUAUUGAAUGGCAAGAAAAUUAUUCAAGUUGAUUCGGGCAAAAGUUUUGUUGUCGUUCUAACUGAUGAUGGACAAGUGUAUUUAGCCAGUGAAUAUUUUAAAUGGAAAACGAACGAUACUUUUCGAUUGAUCUCUAAUGGUAAUGAUCGUUUUGAAAUGAUAGCAUGUGGACAAUCACAUUUGUUAUUGUUACGACAGGAUGGCACUGUUUUUGCUUUGGGUGAUAAUACAUAUGGUCAAUUUACCGGUAAUUCAGAUUCAGCGUAUGUUGCUGUCCUGAACACUGGUUUGAAUAAUGUCAAAAUAAUAGCUUGUGGAGAAGGCCAUAGUCUUGCUCUCACCAAUACGAAUGAAAUUUAUUCCUGGGGCUGUAAUAAGUAUGGACAGUUAGGUCUAGGGGAUACAAAUGACCGAAAAACACCCUCACUAGUUUCAUUUUCUGAUAGUUCUAUCGAUAGUCCAAUCAAAAAUAUUGUCGGCGGUUGGAAGCAUUCUUUAUUUUUAUUCGAGAAUGGUCAGAUGUUUGGAUGUGGUUAUGGUCAAUGCCCUUUCAAUGAUAAUCAACAAGAUGCAAAAGUGCCAACAAAAAUUCCGAUUGAAAAUGUGAAAAAUGUGGCUUGUAAAAAUAAUUAUACUAUUUCAUUUGCUUUGGAUCAAUCAUCACAUUAUUACGCAUUGAAUAGGAAGAAAGAUAACAAUUGGUUACCACCCAUAAAAUUGUAUGGUCAACUGGAAUCAUUCGCUGCAGCAGCUGCAAAAAUAUUCUCAUCACCAAUCACUUUUGGCUUAACAUCAACCAUCUAUACAUACAAAUCGAAUGAUCCAAUAUCAAUUAUUGAAUUAUUCGAUAAUCCGGAUAAUUAUGAUAUCGAAUUUAUUAUAGAUGACAAACGUAUAUUUGCUUCAAAGUGUCACCUGAAAAUGGUAUCAAAAUAUUAUAGUCGAAUGUUUUCAGGUGAAUGGCAAGAAAAUAAUAAUAGAGUGGUGAUUGAUGCAUAUAGCUAUAAUGUAUAUUACUCAUAUCUAAUGAUGUUACAUACUGGUCAUAUCCGAAUCAAUCAAUCCAAUAUAGCUGAACUUAUGGAUUUGGCCAAUUGUUAUGGUGAUGAACGAUUAAUGAAACAUUGUCAAACAUUCAUACGAAGCAAUCUCAAUGAGAAUACAAAAUAUUAUUAA